AUGAGCUCCCUCAAAUUUGUAGUGUCCUCACUUGAGGCCAUUGCCUCGUCCAAGGAUGCUCAGCGCAACAAGCAAUUGGCCGAUUCUACUACCAAAGCACUUGACGCCAUCAAAGAACAGGACCAGCUUCCUGAUCCCGAGAUCGUUUUCGCUCCUCUACAGCUAGCCUCACGGUCCACAAAUGUCCAGCUUACUACGACCGCACUCGAUUGCAUCGGCAAGCUCAUCUCAUACUCGUACUUUUCCGUUCCAAGUAACCCCCCCGAGGGAACCGAAGAGGGUGCCGAACCUGUCCCUCCCCUGAUCGAGCGAGCGAUUGAUACGAUAUGCAAUUGCUUCCAAGGCGAAACGACUGCUGUUGAGAUCCAGCUUCAGAUUGUCAAGUCCCUACUUGCCGCCGUUCUCAAUGAUAAAAUCGUCGUUCAUGGCGCUGGUCUCCUCAAGGCCGUCCGCCAAGUGUAUAAUGUCUUUUUGUUGUCGCGGAGCACGGCCAACCAGCAGGUUGCUCAAGGGACCUUGACCCAGAUGGUCGGUACCGUUUUUGAACGAGUCAAGACGAGAUUACAUAUGAAGGAGGCUCGCCUGAACCUGGAGCAUCUCAAGCAUGGAGCCAGCAAUGCCACGUUCGACCAGGCCGAUACCCCCAACGGUGCCAAUGACAGUAACGACCGCGACGAAUCACCAUCUGAGCACUCCGAAGCUGUGAAUGCAUCGACCGAACCUCCCGAGAGUGGCGCCAAGCUUACAUUGAAAGAUCUCGAGCAUCGCAAGAGCUUCGAUGACUCGAACCUGGGCGACGGUCCUACCAUGGUAACGAGACUUCAACCCGAGCGCAGGGAAACAGGUACCCCGGUCUCUGAUCAGGCUGGCCAGGAGUCUUCACCUCCGGAGGAUGGCGAGGUGUUGGACGCCGAGGACGAGGUCUACAUCCGUGAUGCUUACCUCGUCUUUCGAUCCUUUUGCAACCUGUCAACCAAGGUUCUGCCACCUGACCAGCUUUACGACGUCCGUGGCCAGCCAAUGCGCUCCAAACUCAUUUCUCUUCACCUCAUUCACACCCUUCUUAACAACAACAUUGCAGUUUUCACCUCUCCCUUUUGUACUAUCAAGAAUUCAAAAAGCGGCGAGCCUACGAGUUUUCUUCAGGCUAUCAAGUUCUAUCUUUGUCUGAGUAUAACCCGCAACGGUGCCAGCUCUGUGGACCGAAUAUUCAGUGUUAGCAGCGAGAUCUUCUGGCUGAUGAUCAAAUAUAUGCGCGCCGACUUCAAGAAAGAAAUCGAGGUAUUCUUGAAUGAAAUCUACUUAGCACUGCUUGCGCGAAGGACUGCGCCUCUUUCUCAAAAGUUGCAGUUUGUUACAAUUCUGAACAGAUUAUGCGCUGAUCCUAAAGCGCUUGUUGAAAUUUACCUUAAUUACGACUGUGAUCAGACAGUCGAUAAUAUUUACCAAACUAUCAUCGAAGACCUAUCAAAGUUUUCCACUACUCCGCUUACUAUUACUACAAUCAACGAACAAGUCUAUGAAGAGAUGCGACUGAAGACAACACCUGCGAGCGAGUGGCAGCUCAAGGCAACACUCCCGCCCCCUCUGACCGUUGCUCAUAUUGCUCCUCAUCAGGAAGCCGAACCUGACUAUCCUAAAGAGUAUGCAAUCAAGCGCCUAUCUAUCGAAGCUUUAGUUGAGACUUUACGAUCAAUGGUGAACUGGUCGGCACCUAUACGAGGUGAUCCAGAACCUCCACGUUCCGAAAACCACGAUCCCAAGGGUUCUCUGGAUCUUCGACCGUCAAUUGAUCCAAGCAUCAAUGACAGCAUCUCUCGUGUCGAAACUCCUCUACCACCAUCAACCCCUAUAUUGGAGGAUGACCCGGAUCAGUUGGAGAAGGAAAAAGCAAGGAAGACGGCGCUGAUGAAAGGUAUUAACCAAUUCAAUUUCAAGCCGAAGAAGGGUAUCCAGAUGCUUCUGCGUGAUGGUUUCAUCCCAAGCGACAGCCCGAAGGAUAUUGCUGAAUUCUUGAUAAAGGAGGACAAGCUCGAUAAGGCCCAAAUCGGCGAGUACCUGGGUGAAGGUGAUCAAAAGAACAUUGACAUCAUGCACGCAUUUGUCGAUACCAUGGAGUUUGCCAAGAGAAGAUUUGUUGAUUCUUUGCGCCAAUUCCUCCAAUCCUUCCGCCUGCCCGGUGAAGCUCAGAAGAUCGAUCGAUUCAUGCUGAAAUUUGCGGAACGUUACGUUCUCGGAAACCCAAAUGCCUUUGCUAAUGCAGACACUGCAUACGUGCUGGCCUAUUCAGUCAUCUUGCUCAACACUGACUUGCAUAGCGUCAAGAUCGCCAAGCGCAUGAGCAAGGAGGAAUUUAUCAAGAACAACCGCGGUAUUAACGACAAUGCUGAUUUACCCGAUGACUAUCUCCUCGGCAUCUAUGACGAAAUCGCCGCCAACGAGAUCGUCCUGAAGAGUGAACGUGACGCUGCCGCAGCGGCUGGCAAUACUCCCGCCCCAUCAACCGGUAUCGCUGCUGGUCUUGGUCAAGCUCUCUCUAACGUGGGCCGUGAUUUGCAGCGUGAGGCCUAUAUGCAACAAUCUGAGGAAAUUGCUCUGCGUUCUGAGCAGCUCUUCAAGGAUCUGUUCAAGAGCCAACGCCGCAAAGCUGGCACAAAGUACAUACUUGCAACGUCGUUCAAACAUGUCAGCCCCAUGUUUAACGUCACCUGGAUGUCAAUCUUCUCUACACUCUCAAGCCAGAUCCAGAAGUCUCACAAUCUUGAAGUCAACAAGCUGUGUCUAGAGGGUAUGAAGCUCGCCACUCAAAUUGCUUGCCUCUUUGAUCUAUCUACACCCAGGGAAGCUUUCAUGUCGGCCUUGAAAAACACAACGAACUUGAACAACCCACAAGAAAUGUUAGCCAAGAAUAUUGAGGCACUCAAGGUCGUUCUCGAGCUAGGACAGACUGAGGGCAACGUCCUUCGUGAGUCAUGGAAGGACAUCUUAAUGUGUAUCAGCCAGCUCGAUCGACUUCAACUCAUCUCCGGUGGAGUCGACGAGAGUGCUGUACCUGAUGUGUCCAAAGCUCGUUUCCUGCCACCGCAGAGGUCAGAGACCUCUGAUUCUCGCUCUUCAUCAAACUCCAAGAAAACCACACGAGCCAGAGCAGGAACUGCAUCCAAGGGCUUCUCCACCGAGAUUGCCCUGGAGAGUCGGUCAGAUGAGGUGAUUCGCAGCGUCGACCGCAUCUUCACCAAUACAGCAACGCUUACCGGCGAGUCCAUGGUUUACUUUGCCAGAGCUUUGACAGAAGUCAGUUGGGAUGAGAUCAAGGUGUCCGGUUCCAACGACUCACCUCGUACAUACAGCUUGCAAAAGAUUGUCGAAAUCAGCUAUUACAACAUGAACCGUGUGAGAUUCGAAUGGAGCAACAUUUGGGAGGUUUUUGGUGAGCACUUCAACCGUGUUGGAUGCCACAAUAACAUGAACAUUGUGUUCUUCGCUCUCGAUUCUCUACGCCAGCUGUCAAUGAGAUUCAUGGAGAUCGAAGAGCUGGCUGGUUUUAAGUUCCAGAAAGAUUUCCUGAAGCCUUUUGAGCAUGUCCUUGCCAACUCACACAAUGUGACUGUCAAAGAUAUGGUUCUCAGAUGUCUGAUACAAAUGAUUCAGGCCCGUGGAGAUAAUAUCCGAUCAGGCUGGCGGACCAUGUUUGGUGUUUUCACAGUUGCUGCUCGUGACCCUCAUGAGAGCAUUGUCACUUUGGCCUACGAAAACGUCAACCAGGUGUACAAAACCAAGUUUGGAGUCGUCAUUUCCCAGGGCGCCUUUACCGAUCUGAUCGUAUGCUUGACGGAGUUCUCCAAGAACCUCAAGUUUCAGAAGAAGAGCUUGGCAGCAUUGGAACUAUUGAAAUCUCUGAUUCCUACUAUGCUCAAGACACCCGAAUGUCCAUUGUCGCAAAAAUACAACAAUAUCCCGCCUCCAGAUGGAGCCAUACAGAAUUCCGAAAAGCGAUCCAGAUCAAACACAUCUGUUGAGGAGGGUUACUGGUUCCCUGUUCUCUUCGCCUUCCAUGACGUUCUCAUGACUGGAGAAGACUUGGAAGUGCGAUCAAAUGCUUUGGAAUACUUCUUUGAGACUCUGCUCAAGUAUGGUGGCACUUUCCCGUCAGAGUUCUGGGAUAUUCUGUGGCGCCAACAACUCUAUCCUAUUUUCAUGGUGUUGAGGUCUCGGCCAGAGAUGUCUAAUGUCCUCAACCAUGAAGAAUUGUCAGUAUGGCUAUCGACCACUAUGAUCCAGGCUCUGCGGAACAUGAUCACUCUCUUCACACAUUACUUCGAUGCCCUGGAAUACAUGUUGGACAGAUUCCUGGAGCUCCUGGCGCUUUGUAUCUGUCAGGAGAAUGACACAAUUUCGCGAAUCGGAAGCAAUUGCCUUCAACAGCUGAUCCUCAAGAAUGUGACCAAGUUCAAGCCCGAACAUUGGAAUAAGCUUGUUGGUGCUUUCGUCGAGCUCUUUGAGCGAACUACCGCGUACCAACUCUUCACUGCCACUGCAAUCAACAACACGGCUUCCAUAUCACCGCCACCAAAUGGCCUCGAGUUCUCGUCAACUGCUUCGGCAACCACGCCUAUGGAUGAGACAUCCCUCAAAAUCAACGGCAAAGAGGAGUUGGAAGAUGAUCACAGUGUUCCACCCCCGUCAGCUGAAGAUGAGCUCCAGACACCGACGGCUGACGCUCCCCAUAUCGCCCUCGAAGAGUUUAAACCAUCUUCCAACCUUCAGCAACAGCCUGUAGUGGUUACAGCGGCUCGAAGACGAUUCUUCAACCGAAUUAUCUCUCGUUGUGUGUUGCAGCUCUUGAUGAUCGAAACGGUCAAUGAGUUGUUCAGCAACGACACUGUCUACGCACAUAUUCCCUCCGCAGAGCUUCUUCGACUCAUGACUCUACUCAAGCGGUCUUUCCAGUUUGCCCGCCGCUUUAACGAGGACAAGGAAUUGCGCAUGCGACUCUGGCGUGAAGGUUUCAUGAAGCAGCCUCCCAACCUUCUGAAGCAAGAGAGUGGCUCGGCAGCCACUUACAUCUCUAUUCUGUUCCGUAUGUUUGCAGAUAAUGCGCCUGAGCGACUGGAGAGCCGGCCUGCUGUGGAGGACGCGUUAGUGCCCCUUUGCAAGGAUAUUGUUCACGGAUACACUACUCUCGAAGAGGAGAGCCAGCAUCGCAAUAUCGUUGCAUGGCGGCCCGUAGUCGUCGAUGUUUUAGAAGGCUUUGUCACAUUCCCUGAGGAUGCUUUCAAGAAACACAUCCCCGAUUUCUAUCCUCUCGCGGUUGAACUUCUCACCAAGGACCUUACCGCAGAUUUGCGAUCAUCACUCCUCCUAGUCCUGCGACGAGUUGGAGAGGUUGGCCUGGGUAUCGAGGGCAUGACACAAGCGAGACAACGGCGAGACAGCGAAGUCAGCAGAGCCACGGCAGAACCGGUUAGCGACCGAGAGGCGGACGCAAGGAGAAUGCUUUAG